CUGGGGACAAGCAGCCAUGGGACUGAGGUGCGGGAUGAGGACCACCAAGUGCCAGCUGCUGGUGACCAGCCUCUGCGUCAUGGCGGAGGGCAAGCAAAACCAACUGCCUGGGUUAUCGCUGCGCCCUGGGUCGUUAUCGCUGGCCGCCAGCAUCACCCCCCCUCUGCUGAUAGACUUCUGGUUUCUCAGGGCUGUCACGCCGCUGCAGCCCUUUCACAACCCGGUGGCCACCUCGAAGGAGAAAGGAAAGGUCGCUGCCGGCAGAAUGAGGGGUUUUCAGCAAAAAAGCUACUUGCUCCCGUCUCCUUGCAGCAAAAGAGGGAGGAUGGACCUGCUGCACUUGUUGCUGUGAGGGUGGUCAGCUGCAGGUGGGAUCAGUGAGGAUGUGAAACUGCAAGGCUUCGAUGGAAGUACAUGUGAGACCUGUGGACCUGCACUGCGAAGCAAAGGCAGUUCUAGGGAUCCUUUUCUUAUCAGCUUUUGAAGCAAAUUCAAGGGGAGCCUUUUGGCUUCUGCUGUUAGAGCUGGUGGGAAAUGGUGGAAACUGGGGAAUGCUUCUGCUGGAUGUUGUCAAGUUCUGCUGGGGUUGUCCGUUGCUACGCUGAGCACAGUCACUCACUAUGGGCUCCAUUUCACCCUCCUCAGCAACAUCUCCCUGGAGAGCAACUCCUACAGGGUCAUCCACCACACAGGGAUUUUUCUGUUUUGCUCUGGCCUUCUGCGGAUUGAUCCCAGCUGCCUGCUGGAGAUACACCCACAGCACGGAGGGACAUCUGGUGGUAAUUAAGCCGUCCAUACCGAGGUCUAUCAGAUGCGUGCUUUGUUGCAUCCAUCCUUUCCAAGAACGGGCCUGUCUUCAUCAGCUGCCUCUGCGAUGGGGUCAUCUGAAGGGAGAAGCCACCAAAACUCUCACGCGGGGCAAAGGCUUCGUCCUGAAGGCGACACAAAAUGUGGAAGACAGCAUGAUGGAUGUGUACGAUCUUGUGUACGAGGAGGUGAGGAGGAACGCCUCCAGCUUCAGAAGGCACGAGCUGACUGCCAUCCACGAAGCAUUCCUGUGCUGCGGGAAGCACUCUCCAUUUGGGGACACAGCCAAUGUUGAGACCAAGACGUGCCCAUCCAGCCAGGUGCGCGAUGUGGGACAGGACUGCCUGCAAGAGAUCCGGGACUUCCUGAAGAAGCACAUGGAUUUCGUCUCCACGCUGCUGGGCAUCGCCAUCGGCUUCACGGUUUACGGGAUGAUCCUGACUUCAUUCCUCUGGUUCUCCAUCCACUUCAGCAGCAACCUGGACCGGAAAGGCAAAUACAUCCUGCGAGAGAGGUAGAAACGCACCACCUGGGCAUCCCUACCAGGUAGAGCCAGCUCUUGGCGCAGGGAAGAUGUCUGAAGUCACCCACAAAAUCCCCCGGGAAGGCGUUGCAUGGGGUCAGACGGCGGGACAUGUGUCACGUGUUUCCCCUGUGGAAAAGGACUGAGACACGCACCUGGGCUCGGAGAUGCGGAUCUCCUCGCUGGGGGACGUAGGGGCUGUAGCUCCACAAGCAGCACGCCAAGAGCCACUUAGGACAAAAAUGGAGAGAAAAGCCCAGCACAAAUCUCAGCAUUGAACCAAAUUUCUCUUGCACUGCCAUCUGAGCAGUUCCCUGUGACCCCCAGAGAUGCAACGUUUCUAGGAAGGUGGCUUUGGAUCACAGCCCGGGACCGAUCUCUUGCUAUCAGCAAAUCCAUGGACGCAAAGUGUGUCAUUGCUGAUAGGAGAUGUGCUCUCCUAGCCUGGACACUCGUAGUGAUUGACUUUGGGCACGUCUCUGAUCAUCCUCGAGUAUGUAGGCAUCCAAUCACCGUCAACUGUUAUUCCCCUGUUUCCAAAUAUUGCCACAUUUACAGAGCUUUUUGGUAGAGAUCAGGAAAAAAAAAAUAAUCAGAAAGCAGUGCAUUGCUUUGAAGCAAAUGACCAGCAUAAGGACAGAUCCCUCUCUUAUUCCUCCUUGCUAAUGCCAUACACUGUUAUUUUUUAAUUCCUAAGAUUUAGUCAGCCUCCUAGAGCUCGAUGCCACACUGUUUUCACAGGGGCUUGUUCUACUUCCAGCUUUAUCUAGCUGUUUAUCUCGCUUCACUAGCCCACCGCGCUGCUGUGCAAUACAAAAGGACUUUGAUAUUACACAUACACGCAGGCCUGAAGUUUAAAUCUAUAAGAGAACAGGACUGAUCUCCAGCCAGGUCAAACAAUACAAAGUCCAACUCUACGUCCUCUUUACAUCACCUUAUCGAUAAUAAACAGAAAUUUAAAAAGCCUCAAUCAACUGAAGCGCUCGGCUCAGUCUCGCUCAAAGGAGGGCUCCCUGGCGUGCUCUGCCCUCGUUGCAAGGAGGCAGAGCUGCUUCUGAGCUGAAACCCGUCAUUGCAAUGGAUUUAGCACCUGCUGGAAAACCGGCUGUAAACUACGUGGCGAUGUGAAAUGUCUGUUGAACCAACAACAGCUUUCACUCCUCUCCUCCGGUGUGGCUUUUAGCCACAAAAAGCAAUAAGUAGCAAUUGUUUAUUGAGAUGAAUGCGGAACCCCCCGUGCUGAUGUUCAGGACGGGUCCUGCCCCUCAGGCAGGGGCUGUUACACGUGCAAGAACAGCAGUACAGCCCACAGCUCCUGGUUAGCGUUUUAACACGGCUGCAAAUCUCUUGUGUUGGAAAGAACUUCGUUGUGGGGCGUGGAAAGGGCUAUUGCUCCUCGUCCCGCUCCCUUGGAACCAGCGGAGCUUCACCAUUGACUUCACUGGAAGCCGGAUCAAGUUCAAACCGCUCCAGAGUAUUACUCGAGCUACCUCCUGGCGGUCACCAACACACCCCGGUCUAGCAGGGAUUUAGCGGUGACAUGCAUUUGCCGACAUACCCACUUUGUAGCAGUGGGGAAAGACUCGCUUGUGCGUAUAUAUGUACUAUUAAGUAUAUUGCUCUCUGGAGAAAGACAAUCUCCCUUGUGAGCUCCAGCUGCUAUUGUCCAGGCCACUGCUAUUGUUAUUCCUCAGGCCAGCUGGCAGCUCGUGUGACUCAUGGUUGUUUCAAUAAAGAUGAAUUUCUUGCAAAAGGCCGUCAUUCCUUCUCUUUUUCUGCCGUGCACGAGGCUGCUUGCAUUGCUCGGGGGGUUGCGUCAUGGAGAACCCUCAGUAAUUCUUUCAGUGCUGGGAAGAGACGUUCCCCAGACAGCUGGGACUCGCCUGUCCCGGCAGCCAGCGUGCCUUAGCACCCAAGAAGGAAAGGAUGGCGUUGGUCCUUUGGAGGAAAAGGAGCUGCACAUCAGACUCAUCCUACCCUCAGCCAGCUGCUGGGGCAGCAGGCAGGUACCUCGCAAGGAGCGACGCAAGCAGGAGCAGGAAAAAAA